GGGAUCACAAACCAGCACAGCGAUAAGCAAGGGAGCUUUUUGGAUGUUGCGAAUAAGAAGCUCUCGGAAUACAAUUUCUCAGAUGUGGAAUAUGAGAAAUUAAUACCACGAAAAAGCACUGCGGCACCCCCUCCGUCCUACGAUUUCGAUGACGAUAUUGUGGAGUACAAGGAAGAGAAGGAUUCACCCACUGAAGAAAUCAGUACAAAAUCGGUGCUGAGCAAAAACCAUACCGAUAAGACAGACAGCACUUCCGACUUCCGUGACCACGGACCUCUUUGUGCUGAUGUUAUAUCAACAUUCAGUGAACCUCCUCUUAUCCCACUGUCGCCUAUUUCGGAAGCUAAUGAAGAAAGGGUAGAUGAGAUCCAAAAAACGCCGUUACCUCCUGUGCAGCAAGAGAUGAGUGAUAACGAGGACGUGGUUCGACAGUGUGAUGGUGAAUCAUUAAGACAUGAUACGAAUGACGAAGUUCUAGUUGGCAUCCCGCAGAAGGUUUGUUUUGUUUCUUUCGCUUUGGUGAAUAGAGACAUUGGGAUAUCAAGAUCAACUGCAAAAGAAAAAUAG